UGUCCCGUGUCCCCGGCCCCGCCCCGGUGACGGGCGCGUGAUGGCGGCGGGCGGAGCGCGGCCGCGCUGACGGCGCCAAGAUGGCGGCGCUGCGGGACGGGGAUUUCGCGGCGCUUCAGAUCCUGUUGAAGGCGCCGUCGAAGGACGCUGUGCGGCAGCUGUGCCAGGAGUGCUUCUCCAGCCCGCCCGCCGCGCUCGGCCCGCUGGCGCAGCGCGCCGGCCCCGGGCUCGCCGUCAGCGCCGAGGAAGCGGAGCAGCUGGUGUCUGCUUUGCACAACCUCACCAGGCACGUGGUGUACCGCGGCUUGACCGGGGCAGAAGACAUCCUCUGUCUUUUCCCAGAAAACUUCCACCAAAAUCUGAAAAACCUCUUGACUAAAAUAAUCUUGGAGAAUAUCUCUUCUUGGAGAAAUGAAGCACAAGCCAGUCAGAUCUCCCUGCCUCGCCUGGUGGACAUGGACUGGAGGGUGGACAUCAAGACUUCUUCAGACAGCAUCGUAAGAAUGGCAGUCCCUACCUGCCUGCUGCAGUUAAAGAUUCAGGAAGAUGCUGCCUUAUGUGGGAAUAAUCCCGUUGUUUCUGCACUGACUGUGGAACUGAGCAAAGAAACCCUGGACACUAUGUUAGAAGGUCUGGGAAGGAUUCGGGACCAACUUUCUGCCGUUGCAAACAAAUGAAUGCUCAAGGGCGUGGAUUCCAGCAGCAAGGAAGGGAAGUAUUCUCUACCUACAGCUGUCGGAAGUUGCAGCCUAGUGUAACAUGAUGUCUAUUUCAACAAAACAAAACUAAGGAGGUUUCUUUCUUGAAUUAAUGAGAUAGCUUUUGAAAAGCUAACACUCAAAUACUCAUUUGGUUGGAUGCCAAGAAAUGGUUUCCUAUUAUGUUGUUGAACAAAAGCUGUUCACCGUUUCAGAAGAGGAUUUCAGGGCUCAGAGCUUGGCUUAAUCACAAGGGUCAUAACUGGAAACAGCAAAUAGCUGCAGCCAAUGAAGCAAGUUCUAUCUCUGUCCUGAAAUGAGAAUAUGAAAGGCUCAAGCUGGGUAAUGGGCUGCCUUCCAGCAAAGGGAGGGUGCUUCUCUCUGGAAUGUUCAUGUACUGAGGUGCCUGCUGGAUGUAGCACUCUCUCCCUCUCAGUGAAGCAGAUUGUUAUUACAGGAUGAUGCACUGAAAUAGGCCAGUUAUGCUACAGCACAUUCCCUUCUGAGCAGCUUCACAGCACCAUUUGCAAAAUGACUUUUCUCAUCAUCUUUAGCAGAACUAAUUUCCUCCUUCUGUUUGAAAAGUAAAAAAGGAAUUCAGGUAAUUCAUGUUUGGGGUUUAUUGGACUCUGGGCUUUGUCUUUGCUGCACAAAAACCAAACUGGGAGAAUAAAGAAGUGAAGGCUGUUUUCUGUGCUGUAGGAAACCCCUCUGUGGCAAUAUGUGCCUAUACUUCUUCAAAGUGUUCUGUUGUUUGUGUAAAUCUUCAUUUAAUUAAAGAAUGAACUGCUAAUUGA